AUGCGUGCAGAAGGACAGGAACUGCUGCAACAGCAGCAGGCGACUUUAUCCCAGCAGCAGCAAGCAAUUCCGUCGCACCAGCAGCAGGUAACCCCGUCACAACAGCAGCAGCUGCUCUCAACAGCACCUCCGCAGCACCAUCAACAAGACGAACAUCAACACCAGCAGCAACAACAGCCCCGGCCGACUCGUCGCAGUAAUCGCAACAACCCACACCAGCGGCAGCAGCAGGAUCAACAGGAACAACAUCAGCAGCAGCCAAGGUCACGCAACAGAACAAACCCGCAACGGCGCUCGCGUCAGCAGCAUCAGCAGCACCAGCAGGCCGGAGCUCUAGCACCAUGGGGUUCCCAAGCAUCUGCAUUGCCUGCAGCGGGGAGGCAAGUGCGGCGUACUUCAAGGGCUGUGCGGAGGGACGCAGCAGGGGCAUCGGAAGCGUGUCCUCCUGCAGUGCCUGUCAAGGACUGGGUUUCCCGCGCAAUGCAGCAGCGUGGUUGGGAGAAUUCGGAGAGGCAAAAACGUGAAGAUUAUGUGCCGACGCUGCCGGAGGGAGGGAUCCCCUCUGAGGGCUUUCGAUUUCGGUUGGACCACGGGUAUCCGUUGGACAUACGAGGGGGUGGCACACAAGGGAGGUCGCGGCCAGGUGCUGCUGCCGCUCACUGCCCUUUUUUCCCUCCUCCGUUUUGUCUGCCUUUACUAGGUGGGCUCCCGCAGCAAGGGCCUACUGGGUGCUCUGCACAGACAUGGGGGUCACAGAUGCCGUUUGAAGCUCCCGAUGCGGCCCGCGCAGGCCUUUCUCCUCCGCUUGCUUCGCAGCAGGUUUUUUCCGGCCAACUGAAAGGUUCCCCGCAGCAGCAGCAGCGUGUGCAGCAGCAGCCUCACGUACAGCAGCAGCAGCGCGCACAGCAGCACAUGCAGCACCAUUCUCGGCUUGCCCCUCUCCCGGCACAUUAUUUGCAGUCUUCUUCAGACUAUCCGUUUCCCCCCAUGAUGGGAGUACCGACACGGUCCCCCUUUGGCAGGGAAACACAUGCGGAGGGCAGCAGCAGCGGCACGUUGCAGCGUCGGGACGAGUCGUGCAGGGGCAAUACAAGCAACAACGCUCAGCUGCUUGCCUCCGAAGCAGACCCAGCUGAUUUUUCUGCUGCAGCUGCAGCAACAACUGAAGCAGCCAGAACAGGUGACAGACAAACUACUGCAGCGCAGCCUGCUGCUGCCACACCGAUGGGUGAUAGCCUUAGAUGCAGGGAGGCAGCUGGUAUCCACGCAGCCAUAAGCACUUCAGACGAGGAAGAAAGCGGUCCAUUUUCGGCUGCGCCUGCUGCUGGAGGAACAGCAACAACAACAGCAGCAACUCCAGCUCUUAGUAGCGUUGUGGCACUGGGGGCUUCAGUAGCAUGCCCCAGCCCGUAUGCUGUCGUGCGGGAAGGGCAGCUGCAGCAGCAUUCUUGGCAGCACAUGUCUCAUCCGUAUUGGCAAUCAUGGCAGCUGCAGGAGCACUGGCAGCUGCAAUUGCAGCAGCAGCAGUGGCAACAGUGGCAGCAGCAGCAGUGGCAGCAGUGGCAGCGCUUGCCGUACACCGUUGCUGCUCCAGUUGAUGCCUCUGCGUAUUCAUACGUGCCCAUGCAACACCUGCAGCAACAGCAGCAAAUCCAGCAGCUCCAUCAGCUGCAGCAGCAGCAAUACCUGAAUCUGUUUCAGCAACAGCGACAUGACUGGGGGAGCCAGAGGGCUUCUGGCCCAAGUAGAAACUAUCAACGGACUCCUCGUCGAGUUCCACAGCAGCAGCAGCAGCAGCAGUAUCAACAACAGCCUAUUCAAGCCCACUACAACGGCGGAGUUGCUGAUUCCCGCAGAUGCCCUCAGCGUCAGUGGCAGCAAUUGUCUUUCCCAGUGGCAGCAGCAGAUUGUGUGCGUCACAUUGCACCCGGUACCUCUGCAGCGGCGGUAGCUACUGCGUACCCCUGGUCCGUGCAUGCACUAGCAGCGCCAUCUGUUUACGACACCACGGCCCUCUCUCAAUCAGGCUCACCGAUGGCCCGUACGCAUGGCCAUUUUGUGGCUGCACCAUAUACGUACACUUCCACGGCGCACAGUGCGCCGGCCUCCACAUUCUGGUCGCAGCCUCAGUUGCAGCAGCAGGUGCAACAGCAAGUCCAGCAGCAGCAACAGCAGCAGUGGCAAUGGGAGGCCCAAUCACGGUACUCUCGGGGUUCCAGCAAUAGAAACUCGAGGGAGCAGCCGGGACGUUUGCGGACUGUACAGGAUGACCGAAACGCUAUAAGCAGUACUCGGCACAUAGUUGAGGCGCAUUCACUUAGCUGUAGUGGGAAGGUAGGUAGAGGCUCUGCUACUGCUGCUGCUGAAGGUGGUCGCCAGGUGCUUUCGAGCAGCAAUGCAGACGCUGGGGAAUCGACGGAUUCUGCAGCAGUCGCAGUUAAAGAUGGUGAAGAAGGAAGCAGCCGCGACAGCAGCCGGAGCGAAACUCACAGCAGUCCUUCCCGUCGCAGUCGCAGUAGCAACAGUAGCAGCAGCAUAUCCAACAGCCACAUGCUUCCUGAGGAAGGCUACUCGUAUACCAAGAAUAUGGCGUACUUAGCUCCCCUCGUAGAACGAAAGAAAGUGGGCCCAGAGGACUUUGUCCUGCUGCAUGUCAUUGGCAAAGGGUCAUAUGGGAAAGUAAUGCUUGUUCGAUUCGAGCAGGACGGCCAACUGUAUGCCCUUAAGGUGCUGCUGAAGGAGUCGCUGUUGCGUCGUAGCCAGGUGCAGCACACGCGAACCGAGCGCGCGGUUUUGGAAGUUAUAACUCAUCCUUUUAUUGUGCAAAUGCAUUUCGCCUUUCAGACACCCAAGAAACUCUAUUUCGUUUUAGAGUACUGUCCUGGAGGGGAGUUAUUCUUCCAUCUACAGAAAGACAGGAAGUUUAGUGAGGAGCGAUCGCGGUUCUACGCUGCCGAGCUCUUGCUUGCCUUGGAGCAUCUCCACAAGCACAACGUUAUCUAUCGCGACCUGAAGUCCGAAAAUGUUCUUCUGGACGCGGACGGUCACAUCCGGCUGACAGAUUUCGGCCUCUCCAAAAGCGGAAUCGCUGACAACACUAGUGCACGAUCCGUUUGCGGGACACCGGAAUAUAUCGCUCCAGAGAUCUUGUGUCAGGUAGGCCACGGGAAGGCAGCGGAUUGGUGGAGUCUUGGAGCCCUGCUGUAUGAGAUGCUGACAGGUCUGCCUCCCUUCUAUACGGCAAAUCGCCAGGCCCUUUUCACCAAUAUUCUCUGGGGAGGGUUAGACUUUCCCGCGGAUCUUUCUCCCGCUGCUGUAGACCUCUUAAAGAGCUUAUUGCACCGCGAUGCCAAUGAGAGACUUGGCGCUGGGCCUUUAGACGCAGAGGAGAUUAAAAGACAUCCUUUCUUUGCGCCGGUGGACUGGGGACGUCUUCUCGCCAAGGAAAUUGAGCCUCCUUUCAAACCUCGCCUCCUUUCGCAUGAGGACCCUAAGUAUUUUCCUGCCGAAGUUAAAAGAGAACCAGUAUUUUCAGAUGAUGGAGAAGGACCUGACGCAGCGUUUGGUAGUGGCGCCGUGAGGGACGCCGCCGCGAGAAUGCAGAGGUCUCGCACGCCUAAUCGUCGCGCCGCAGUCGACAGCAGCAGCUGUGGCGAUAGCGGUAAAAUUAGCAGCAGUAGUAGAACAAGGCCAGCAGCAAAUUGUGCAGCUGAUGGGAACUGUGUUGCGAGGCCCGCAUCGGGUACAGGAGGUCACACGGAGGACGCAUGUACAAAUGAAAGGCCACACGCAUGCAGCUCUCUUUCCUCCCAUGACUCUCAGAACACUGAAGAAGAUGAAGGGGAGGCCCUUUUCAAGGGUUUUUCCUACGAUGAGCGCCUCCAGGGGUUUGUCUAUCCAUCUCACCAAAAAUUUAACCAAGCUUCAUCUACUUUGCUUGCUCUAACUCUCUCACACAGAAACUUGUUCACCUGCGAGAUUCGCCGAGUACAAAAUGCGAACAGUUAUAGUCUUUGA